AUGAAGGACCUUCUACGGAGGUGUCCACAUCAUGCUGUUCCCAAGUGGCAACUUAUUCAGUGUUUCUAUGAUGGCUUGACAGAGCCUCAUAGACAAAUGGUAGAUGCCUCCUGUGGGGGUACGUUUAUGCUUAAAAGUGAAGAUGAUGCAUGGAUUCUGUUUGAAAACUUAGCUGAAAAUUCUUUACACCAUUCAUCAUCUGGUCGUAGGGCACCUGCAUCUAAAAACCAAAGAAAUGAGACAAUUUUCGGAGUAAGCCAUUCCUUAGAUGUGACUACUAAGGUAGAUGCCUUAUCAAGAAAAUUAGAUCAGAUUAUGGCUGCUGGUUUUGCACCUACAACUGUUUCUCACAUUUCACCUCCACAGGAAGUUUGCUCAUUUUGCUCUAAUCCAUCGCAUCAGGUGAAAGAUUGCUCCGUCUUAGGACAAUUCUCUGAAGUUCAGCAUGAGCAAGUAAAUGCAGCCAUCUCCAGACCGGUUAAUGAUCCAUAUUCUCAUUCAUAUAACCCGGGAUGGAGAAAUCAUCCAAAUUUCUCUUGGCGAGCUCCAGGGAAUCAGGGACCGACUAUAGGAGUGCAUAAUCAGGCACACCCUUUGCCUCCUAAUCAAUCCUAUAAUCCCAAUUAUCGACCCCAUCAGUAUCAGUCAGCUGCUCCUCCAAGAAAUUCUGCUUUUGAGGAUAAGGUUUUAACUGCACUUGGUAACUUGGAAGCAAAUACACAAUUGCUGAAUUCUCAUUCCCAAUCGAUUGCCAAGUUAGAAGGUCAAGUUGGACAGCUGGCAAAUGCGUUUAAUCAGAGAAAAGAAGGGAAACUUCCCUCCCAACCAAUAGCCAACCCUAAGGGACAAUACAUGGUCGAUGGGAGUGCUUCCGGCAGCACCACUCAUGAGCAAGUCCAAGCGGUUACAACUUUGAGGAGUGGAAGGACAGUCAAUAAUCAGGUCAGGCAGAAAGACACUGAAGAAGGUGAAUCCCAAUCAAAUCCAAAGAUACCCCUUGAGAAUCCAAAAGAUAAGUUGAAAACCACUCCUGAGAUACCUUAUGAGCCUAGAGCUCCAUUCCCUGAACGUCUCAAGGAGCCUCCUAGUGCUAUGAAGCAAGGAGAAAGAUAUCAAGAAAUGAUGGAUGUUUUUAAAAAGGUACAAGUUAAUAUACCAUUUCUUGAUGCUAUCAGACAGAUCCCACCUUAUGCUAAGUUUUUAAAAGAUUUGUGUACUCAAAAGCGUAAGAUGAGGAAGCGUAGUCAAGAAAAAAUUAUUUUGACCGAGCAAGUAAGUUCUUUGAUACAACAUGCUGUAGCCCCCAAAGUUAAGGAUCCGGGUGCUCCCACUAUUUCUUGUAUUAUUGGAGACCACACCAUUGACAAGGCACUUCUUGAUUUAGGUGCAGGUGUUAAUUUGUUACCUUACUCGGUCUAUGAGCAAUUAGGACUCGGAGAGUUGAAGCCCACGACGGUUAUCUUACAACUUGCAGACAGAUCCGUAAAGAAACCUCGUGGUAUAAUUGAAGAUGUAAUCAUUAGAGUGGACAGGUUCUACUUCCCAGUGGAUUUCAUUGUUCUUGAUACAGAACCUGUCCCAGACCCCGCAAGAUUUAUCCCAGUCAUCCUUGGACGCCCUUUCUUAGCUACGGCUAACGCUUGCAUAAAUUGCAGGACAGGAGAAAUGGAGAUAACCUUUGGGAACAUGAAGGUAAAGUUGAACAUUUUCAAUGCUUUUCAGCAUCCAUCAGAUAUUAAUGAGUGUUGCUUAUUGGACAUGAUUGAAGAAACUGUUAAAGACACACUCCCCCACCUUUUGAUUAAAGAUCCAUUGGAGGCUUGUCUAUCUCACUUUGACUUUGAGGAUUUUGAUAUUGAGCAUUAUGUUGGCGAAGUCAAUUCAUUACUUGAUAAUAUGGCUGCAAUAGACUUUCCUCCUUGGAAAGUACCAAAGGAGCCGUUACCUAGUACGUCAGGCAUCCCUCCUAUUCCUUCUCUGAUCUCCCCACCAAAGCUUGAGCUUAAGCAGCUUCCUGCGACACUUAAGUAUGCUUUCUUAGGUAUAAAUGAUACUCUCCCAGUUAUUAUUGCAUCUAACCUACAGGAUGACCAAGAGAGUAAUUUACUCGAUGUUCUAAAGGAACACAAGGAAGCAAUUGGUUGGAGUGUGGGAGACUUGAAAGGAAUUGAUCCCUCCAUAUGCAUGCAUCGUAUUCAUCUUGAGGAUAAUGUUAAGCCCUCCAGGGAGGCAUAG